AUGGACUAUCGAUGCAAUUUUCUUGGUCUCACGGCAAUGAUAGAGUUUGUCAUGCAGGUGUGCGGGCUGCCUGCUGUCAGUUUUCAAAAGAUUAUCGAGGUCGUCAUACGUAACGAGUCACGCCUUACGAGAGAAAUAGUUCGACAUUUGAACCAUGUCGAAGAGAGAGUGCUUGAAGAAUUGGCUUGGACCAAAGAUAGCGCUUUAAACAUGGUUAUCGAUACUAACAAGUACACUAAUAUCCAUCAAAGUAAUGAACUCUGGCUCCCUGCCGACAAGAACGCAAUUUUUGCGCUCAUCAUUCUGAUAGUUUUGUUGGUUUUCAUUUACAUACUGCUCAACAAAAAACUAAUUCUCUGCGGAACUCCGUGGACGACCACCAACACACGCCCUCGCGUCGAGAACGUUUAG